GGGAGGCCGGCGCCAAACUCAAAGCGCAAGAUGGCGGCCGCCGAGAGCCUGUUCAGUCAGUUGGUGCCGGUGCAGGCCAAGUGCCAGGGCUGCGAGGAGAGGCGAAUAAACGUUCGUGUGAAUAUUGAGCUGCAAUCAACAACAAAUCCCAUUCAUAGAAAGGAUUUGGUUGUUCGUCUAACUGACGAUUCUGACCCCUUCUUUCUAUACAAUCUUGUUAUUUCUGAGGAAGAUUUUCAAAGUUUAAAACUCCAGCAGAGCCUUCUGGUAGAUUUUUCUGCUUUUCCUCAGCGAUUUAUAGACCUCCUUCAACAUUGUAUCCAAGAACAAAAUAAAGACAUCCCAAGGUUUUUGCUGCACCUGGUUUCGUCAGGCCCUAAUUUAGAUCACACUCCUGCUUUUUUAAACGUGGUCGAGACAAACCCAUUUAAACACCUCACACACUUAUCACUGAAAUUCCUACCCGGAAACGAUGCAGAAAUCAAGAAGUUUCUGGCAACCUGUUUGAAAUGCAUUAAGGAAGAAAAAUUGCUGCUGGAACAGAAACUUAGAAAAACAGACGAGGACCUUACAAGACAGCUGAACUAUGCCCAGCAGAGCUUGUCGGAAAAAAGCAGGGAAUUGGACAAGCUGAGAAAUGAAUUGGCAUCCAAAACAGCAUCUCUAACCAACAAAUAUACCCAGGAACUGACAAAUGAGAAGGAGAAAGCUCUGCAGGCACAAGCACAAUAUCAACAACAGAAUGAGCAACAGAAAAGGGAUCUGGAAAGCUUGCAUCAGAAAACAGUGCAGCAGCUGCAGAAUAGGUUGAAGGAAUUGGAAAAUGUCAACAAGGAGCUAAUGGAAAGGAGAUACAAAGGCGAUUCGACAGUCAGAGAACUUAAAGCGAAAUUGUCUGGCAUAGAAGAUGAAUGCCAGAGAGCAAACCAGGAAGUUCUGUCUCUACGUCGAGAGAAUGCUACCCUAGAUGCUGAAUGCCAUGAAAAGGAAAAACUAGUAAAUCAGCUGCAGACUCGAGUUGCUGUUUUAGAACAGGAGGUCAAAAGCAAGGAGGAUCUGGUUACUAGGGCAAAAGAAGUAUCGGAUGCAACACAUGAGCAAAAGGUAAACCUGGAAAAAAAUAUAGAAAAGAAACAAAUUCAAAUAGGAAAUCUGGAAACAACACUAAAGUCACUGUCAUCUGAACUCCUUAAGGCCAAUGAGAUAAUAAAGAAAUUGCAAGGCGAUGUAAAGACUCUAAUGAGCAAACUGAAGCUGAAAAAUACAGUAACAAUUCAGCAAGAAAAACUCUUGGCUGAAAAAGAAGAAAAACUGCAGAAAGAACAAAAGGAUCUACAGGAAGCAGAAAGUUCUCUCCGAGCAAAAGAGCAAGAGGUGUGCAAGUUGCAGGAACAAUUGGAAGCAACAGUACAGAAGCUGGAGGAAAGCAAGCAUCUUCUCAAAACCAAUGAAAACGUCAUCACAUGGCUAAACAAGCAGCUGAAUGAAAUUCAGAUGACAAGGAAGCAAGAAGUGUCAGGAACAUCUACUAGUCCUAGUGGUGCCACUCCAAGAACUGGCAUUUCACCUCACAGUAUGGUUGAUAGCAGAAUUCCAUUUCUGAACUCGGGACUAGGCUAUCCCAUCUCUCCUUUGCUGCCUUUUCAAAGUUUCCCAGAUACAGUGGCUGUCAAAAGCAUCAACCAGCAAACUUCAGGACAAAAGCAGGUUCAGUUCAAUGUGCAGCCUCAAGAGACCAACAGAUGUUCGGAUUCGCAGCCAGGGAUUCCUCUGAUGACAAAUCACCCAACGAAUAAAGAGAAUGGUGAAAACAUGGGAUUGGAAGCAAAAUAUUUGAAGAAAAGAGAAGACAGCAUUCCUUUACGAAGGCUCAGCCAAAACACAUCUCACAACACAGGACACCUGAAGUCAACUGCCUUGAUAAAAACACAAAUACCAGCCAAAUCUGCAGCACCUUCCAGACCCUCUGCUUACUUCCCUGGAUAGUGGACAACAUAUUUGCCAUGGUAAAACGCUUAUCAGCAGUUGCAAUUCUUUUUAUGAUUAUCUCCCCUGUAAAGCGUCAACAUAAACUCAUUUAGUAAGCAAUGAAAUAUCUGAGAGAUAACAAGAGCUAGUCUUUUGGUCUGCUUACAUUGUAAUGUGAAUUACAGAAAUUUCCUAACAAGACUUCCAACAUUGUAAGGACCCAAAUGAGUGAUUGAGCAAUUUUGUAUCAAGUGCACUGACGGGAAGCAAGGUUUGCAAUUUCUCUCCAAGGCUGAAUUCUCUGUGCUACAUGUUUCUUCUUGGAUAUGGACCUCAGAGGUAAAAACUCAUCUUUGAAGCCUUGGAGCCUUUUCUUUAUUUUAAAGCUUGUCAAAGUUACUAUGCACUUCAGCUGUGACUCUUCAAGUCAUCGCUACCAGCUCCUGGUUACAUUUAAAUUAAAAUUUUACCAAGGAUGAGCUCAUCCAUUCAUUCUAUGCAACACUUUGAGGCUUUUGGAAGUGCAAAUGUCAAACUAAAUAUUGAUUGUCUGUUGCUUAUUUGACCAGAUGGUGGCACUCUUUAUAAACGUUUUGAACCUUUCCUAACUUUACAGGGAGAAAAGUAAAUAAGCUGCUCCAGGUUUAUUUUGCAAUCUUGCAAAUUUAUUUUUCAUUGCUCCUAAAUGUAAGUAAUUUGGUAGUGUUCCACUAAUUUCAAUGGGACAUUGAGCAGUGCAAAAAUCCACCAAGAUUCCUAAUAAUAGUAAGCAACUGUGUCUAGUUCUUACCAGGGUUCAGGCAUUACUUGACAUGGUUGAAUACCAAAUGCAGCAGUCUAAAUUAGAUUUGCCAGGUGAGUUCAGCCUUACAGCAAACUCUUAUUUUCAUUUAAUUUUGAAAUAUAUCAACUUUUUAUAUCUUAAUGGUCUGUAGUAUAAUAUCAGAGUAUCUUUAACAUUCUAAGUGACUGUUCAACAUUUGAAUCACAACAAAGGAUAAUUUUGCUGCUUUUCAAAUUAUUUUAAACUUAGGAUGUCAGUUUUUAAGUUGUAAAAUGUUGCAGUCAAUGUAUAGUGGCAUGAUUUAAGAAGUCUUACAUUACAUAAAACGGGUGCAUACCUAUAACAAACAACUAAAAUAAAUGAAAAUCAGCAAUCCUUCAAAAUGAUUUUGAGGCCUUUACAUUGCUCCUGCAAUCAGUAAGAUAUAUAAGCACUAUUCUGAUUCUCCCAAAAGCUAUGGAAUUUCAGAAUACUUGAUGGUGGGUGCAAGACCUAUUAAUCUCAGUGGGUUGUGAUUACACUUCUCUAUUCUAAAUAGAAGCAGUGUAAGAUUUUUGCAAAGCAUGUUUUUUUUAUCAGUCUCACUGAUUUAUAUUGGGAACUCUACAUGUGUGAUUUCAAAAUUGAAGUGUCAUUUCUUUAGCUGUUAGCAGUCAUGAUAUUCAAGUCUCUUAAAGGUGGUUAGUAUAGUAGGUUGUUACCCACUUAUGAGUGGCUUGCUUUUUUAGCACAUGGGCUUUUUGUAUAUUGUUACAGGUGUGUAAAUACAAAUUAUUUGAACAUGUAUUGCAGAAUCAUUCCUUGCAGUGUAAAAUUUGUACAUUUGUCUUUUAAUCAGAAUGCAUGUUCACAUGUAUCUAAAUGCUUGUUUCAGUAAAUUUUCAAAUGAAACAA